AUGUACCAGAGCCGUUAUCACCCGAACUGUGUGGCUGCCUGGAUCGCAAAACCAGAUGGCACUAGGCUGGAGACGAUACACGCCAAGUUUGUUGAACUGUCACAAAUCACCGACAAAUAUCACUUCGUGACAGUUCUGAUGGAAGCACGGGCCCUAUGGAUGAUUAACUCGUUGCAUGGUGUGGUAAAAUUCCUCGACGACUUCGCCCAAUCGGUAGGAUCGAUUAAAUUCGACAACCCGGAUGACAUCACGAUAGACAGUUCAGUCUACCACGAACGUGAUUCAUUCUUAAUUGGAUGA